AUUUAAAUCGAAAUUUAAUCGAAUUUCGAUAUAAGCGUGGCGCUCACCAACAAAAGAUACUUCAUAUAUACGGUACCGAAUACAAAGGAACUUCAAUUGCAGUUUUCAUACCGACUCCUUUUUCUCACACUUUUCAUCUCAACACAAGCGAAGUCAGCAGAUAUGAAUCCAGGGGGUUAUACAGUAGAAGUUACAGGUCUUUCCCCUGCUGCUACUGAGAAGGAUGUUCAGGAGUUCUUUGCUUUCUGUGGGGCAAUUGAACAUGUUGAGAUUGUCAGAGCUGGUGAACAUGCAAGUACAGCCUAUGUGACGUUUAGAAAUCCUCAUGCAUUGGAAACGGCUGUCUUACUGAGUGGGGCUGCCAUUUUGGAUCAACGUGUGUGCAUAACCAGCUGGGGCCACUAUCAAGAUGAUUUUGAUUAUUGGAAUCAUUCAUCAUGGAAACCUCAAGAAGACUGUCAUUCAAGUGACUCCCAAGGACACCAUUUUGUUUCUUCUGCUGGGGAAGCUGUAACAUUGACUCAAGAUGUGGUUAAAACCAUGCUAUCUCAAGGGUAUGUUCUUGGUAAAGGCGCAUUGGGAAAAGCCAAAGCUUUUGACGAAUCUCAUGGGCUGUCAGCAACUGCAGUCUCCAAGGUUGCUGAUUUAAGUGAGAGAAUCGGCCUCACUGACAAGUUCUGUGCCGGGGUUGAAGUGGCUAGGUCCGUGGAUCAGAGGUAUCACAUAUCAGAUACCACCAGAUCAGCUGUUUCAGCUACAGGUAGAACUGCCAUCUCUGCUGCAACUGCUGUUAUCAACAGUAGCUACUUUUCCAAAGGAGCUCUUUGGAUGUCUGGUGCACUAAGUAAAGCGGCUCAAGCUGCAGCUGAUUUGGGUAGCCGAGGCACUAACAAAUGAGUAGGUUCGAGCAAUUGACAUGUAGCUUGGAGUCCAUUAUAUGAGAAUGGUUCGUGUGGUCUGAAGUCGCGAACUAAGUAGAUUGGCCUAAUGGUGUUGAUUCAUCUGGAAUCGAACCGUGUUUCCUUUACGUUGUUGUUUGGAUAUCAGGUCGAUGUUGUAAAGAACAUAUAGUACACUAAUAAGUUGAGUAGGAAUUCCCUUUUCAGUUUAUUUCUUGCCUUUUUUCACCCCUUCCUUUUUACUGGUUUUGCAACAUGCAGUUGUGCUCAAGUCCUCGAAAGAGGCUCUGUAAAGCUAACUUGUUUAGUCUGUUAACAAAAGUUGUGUAUGCGUU